CCGGGGAGGGGGCGAGUGGCGACAGCUGCAACUGGACCGGCGACAGGUGUUGCCAUGGUGAUGGCGGUGGAGGACAGCAUGGUGCGAGUGGUCGUGCGGGUGCGGCCCCCCACCCCACGGGAGCUGGAGAGUCAGCGGCGGCCUGUGGUUCAGGUGGUGGAUGAGCGGGUGCUGGUGUUCGACCCAGAGGAGUCUGAUGGGGGGUUCCUUGGCCUGAAAUGGGGCAGCACCCACGAUGGCCCCAAGAAGAAGGGUAAAGACCUGACGUUUGUCUUCGACCGGGUCUUCGGGGAGACGGCCACCCAGCAGGACGUGUUCCAGCACACCACUCACAGCAUCCUGGACAGCUUUCUCCAGGGCUACAACUGCUCGGUGUUUGCUUACGGAGCCACUGGGGCCGGGAAGACACACACCAUGCUGGGACGAGAGGGGGACCCCGGCAUCAUGUACCUGACCACCAUGGAACUGUACAGGCGUCUGGAGGCCCGCCAGGAGGAGAAGCAAUUUGAGGUCCUCAUCAGCUACCAGGAGGUGUACAAUGAGCAGAUCCAUGAUCUCCUGGAGCCCAAGGGGCCUCUGGCCAUCCGUGAGGACCCCGACAAGGGGGUGGUAGUGCAAGGACUUUCCUUCCACCAGCCAGCCUCAGCUGAGCAGCUCCUGGAGAUGCUGACCAGGGGAAACCGGAACCGUACACAGCACCCCACUGAUGCCAAUGCUACUUCCUCCCGCUCCCAUGCCAUCUUCCAGAUCUUUGUGAAGCAGCAGGACCGGAUUCCAGGCCUGAACCAAGCCCUUCAAGUGGCCAAGAUGAGUCUGAUUGACCUGGCUGGCUCGGAGCGGGCCUCUAGUACCCAUGCCAAGGGGGAGCGCCUGCGGGAGGGUGCCAACAUCAACCGCUCUCUGCUGGCCCUUAUCAAUGUCCUCAACGCCCUGGCUGAUGCCAAGGGCCGCAAGUCUCACGUGCCCUACCGAGACAGCAAGCUGACCCGCCUGCUCAAGGACUCCAUUGGGGGCAACUGCCGCACCGUGAUGAUCGCCGCCGUCAGCCCGUCCAGCCUGACCUAUGAGGACACUUACAACACCCUCAAGUAUGCUGACCGGGCCAAGGAGAUCAAACUCUCGCUGAAGAGCAACGUGAUCAGCCUGGACUGUCACAUCAGCCAGUAUGCCACCAUCUGCCAGCAGCUCCAGGCUGAGGUGGCCACCCUGAGGGAGAAGCUCCGAGUGUAUGAGGCAGGAGCCCAGGCUCCCCAACAGUCCCCAAAACCAGGUCCUUCACAACAACCUCUCCCCAGCUCGGCCUCACCAUCCUGCCUUGCUAGCCAGCCCUGUUGCCCAGAGCCCCACCUGGCCUCUACAGUCAUUCAGCAGGAGAGCCUGGGGCCAGAGGCCCUGGAGGAGAGGGCCAUGGGCCAACACUCAUCAGACCUGGAGCAACCCCCAGAGGACAAGGACGAAAGCCAGGAGGUUCCAAUCGAGGAGCCAGAGCAGAGCCUCAGACACCCGCUGGCAGAGUCCCCUGGCCGGACCCUACAGCCCAGGACCGCCGUGGGCCACCUCUCCCCACAGAAGCUGGAUGGGGACCGCUCUCAGCAGUUGGCCCUGAGAGUGCUGAGCCUGGCCCAGCGCCAGUACGCCCUGCUCCAGGCAGCUCACCUCCUCACGCCCGACAUGACCGUAGAGUUUGAGACCCUGCAGCAGCUGGUGCAAGCGGAGAAAACAGAGCCUGGAACGGAGGCCUCGAGGAUGCCACUCCCAGCCAAGGGGGCGCUUCUGGCUCAGGAGCGGUGCUCAGCGUCCAGCCCUGAUCUCCCCUCUUCACUCCCUUCCCUGUGCCCAGAGUCUCCAGGAUACUCCGGCCCGGUGACCCGGACCAUGGCAAGGCAGCUGAAUGGCCGCAUGCACACUCUGGGGCUCUUCCCUGAGUCUGAUCGCACCCCAGCACGCACAUCCCCGCGGCCCACGGAGAAGAAGAGGAGGAGGGACCUGAGCCCCUUGGAGUCAGACAGCCACCUGGCCCCGAAGCCCGGGACCAAGCGCCAGCGCCAGUCCUUUCUGCCCUGCCUGAGGAGGGGUUCCCUGCCCGAGGCGCAGCCUCCAUCUGGACCCACCACCCCCAAAGGGAGAAGGGUCUUGUCCCCCUGCCGCUCCCCUCGCUUCUGCCCAGCCACCGUCAUUAAAAGCCGGGUGCCCCUGGGCGCCUCUGCUCUCCAGAACUGCUCCACCCCCCUGGUCCUGCCUGCUCGGGACCUCAACACCACCUUUGACCUUCCUGAGGAGCCCUCCUCAAAGCUGGGUGUCCUUGACUGCGCUGACUGGGAGGACGUGCCCCGGGAGCUCAGCAGGCUGGAUCAGCCUUUCAUCCCCAGCGGCCCCAUUCCCCUGUUCACCACGAAGGGGCCCAAACCAGCGUCUUCCUUACCCGGGACUUCUGCCUGCAAGAAGAGGCGCGCUGUAAGCGCCUCAGUCUCCCGCUCCCUGGGGGUCGCCCGGGGCCGAGGCCACAGCCGCAUCGCACGCCUCCCCAGCAACACCUUGAAGAAGCCAGCUGGGCCCCUUGCAGUCCCAGGUGACUAG